CUCGCCUCCUGCCUGGCCCUGCCCCGGCAGGGCGGCGGCCAGCCCUACCUGCGGCUGCGGCCCUCCCCCAGCGACAAUCUGCCCGUCAAGGACAUCAUCGAGCACCCCGACCCCGACUACGACCCCAAGGAGCAGGACCUGGACGAGCGGACUCUGAGGAAGAAGCUGGGCAGCCACUUCGACCCCGGCUUCAUGGCGGUGGUGGCCCCGGCUCAGCUGAACCUCUCCAGCCCCGACCCCCUGCACAGGUUCAAGGUGUCGGGGCCGCUGCCCGGCGAGCUGAAGAAGCUGGACCUGGGCGAGGCGCCCUACGGGGCCCGCAUCAAGAUGGGCAAGAAAGCCCGGAGGAAGUUCCUGCAGUGGCUCUGGGCCUACACAUACUGCCCCGUGGUCUACGCCUGGAAGGACUUGGGCCUCCGCUUCUGGCCCCGCUACAUCAAGGAGGGGCACUGCUUCACAGAGAAGUCCUGCUCCUUCCCUGAGGGCAUGUACUGCAAGCCUGUCAAGUCGGUCACCAAGACCUUUCUGAGGUGGCACUGCCAGGGCUGGUCCACACAGAAGUACUGCACCUGGAUCCCUGUGCAGUACCCGGUCAUCUCAGAGUGCAAGUGCUCCUGCUGACCCCAACGGGGUGGCCUGCCCCAGCAGCGGGGCACGUGGGCGAGCCCUGGGGCCCAGCGCCAUGGCUUGGGCAUCUCGGAGUGCCAGAGCUGUUACGCAGCCUCUCCUGGGCCCCAGCUUGGCACCUGGGGAUGGAUCUCAGAGUGCCAGCGCAUGUGUGUGACCUCUCCUGGGCACCAGCUACAGCUGCGGGUUAUCCCCACUGCCCUGGAGUCCAGACCCACGGCUCAGUUCAGGCAUCUCAGAGUGUCAUUGCUCCCAUAUGACCUCACCUGGAUCCCAGUUGAGCACCUGGGGAUGGAUCUGAGUGCCACUGUUUAAC